CGCAACAGCAGAUCAACGUGGCUUUUCUUAUUUUGCCCGGAUUGUGGUCAUUUCGCGGACGAGCUAUUGACCCUGUGACUACACCCGGUUUCAUUGCAUGCUAAUUCCUUUGUCGAAGAUCCUUGUCGUGUCUUCUCUGGAUUCUUUCACGACCUCUCAUCGUUUCGUAUGUAGGAAACAAACGCCUCCUAAUCGCAACGCUUCUCCCAGCUGAGCGGCCCGCAAUGCGGCGCCAGCUGCGGCAAGCCUUCGCCGUCACGCUCUUUGGGCUGCUCGGCGCAUCAAAUGAUGCGGUGUUUGGAAAAACGAAUCGCAACGCGGUGGGUCGCGAAGAGGGCGAAGAUCCCGCCUUGGACGCUAUCAUGGCCAUGUCGGAGGGACUGCGCAGCUUCCAGAGCGAGCACCACGGCAACCAAGAAGCUGCAGCCUACUUGUCAGAAACGGAGCGCAACCUGGACUUGCUCGCCGGCGUGUUGCAGAAGCAGCAUUCCGAAUUCCAAGCGGCCCAGGAAGAAGAACGCCAGCACGCAGAGGCGAGAAUGCGGACGCUAGAGGCGAACAAAAAAGUACUUGCUUGUAGAUAUCCAUCAUGAUACUCACCAGAAGGAAAUUGUAGCAGAUACUUCGCGAAUUUAAGCAGAUCCAAAAGUUGCCGCUUUUUAUUUUAGUGGCAUUGCGAGGACGAAGGUCAAGCCUUGGCCGUCAAGGUAGCAGGUCCAGGUGGCACUCAUGACGGCCAUCUGGCUGCAUGCUGGAGAAGCUUACCGCUGAAUCCGCUUGCGCGGGGGUUACGCACUCGCUUGUGCCGAUAGGGAUAGAGAGGGCGAAUGAGAAUGGCGGUCGGCCCCUGCAGCCAACAAAAUUUCUGUGCGCCCGGUAUUGCUGCCCCAGUUGCCCUCUUUCCUGCUUCUAGUAUUUUUCUUGGAGCAGGCGCAUUUUUUAGCCUCAGCAUGAUCGUGCUCCAUCUUCAUUUUUGCGCUGAGCAGCCUCACCUCGUGCGCCUGCGUUGCCUUGCCCUUGUUUUACGAUGUGGCGUCGCAUUUUCAGUCUUUACGGCACAUUCGUAGAGGCACACGCGGCCGCUCGGAAGCAAAGCAGCCCGCCGCGACGUUGUUAUUCGCGCGCGCUAAAGGUUUCGGCGCAGGGGUGUUGCGCGUCUCAUAGGGUGUCCGGGAAUAAAAAAACAGCUGGCCGCCGUGCGAAGCCACUGCACGAGCCGCGGCGCCACUUCGCGAAAACAUUAAAAGCGAACAAAAACAAAUGUUCCGCGCGCAGGUCGCGCAAAAAAUAAUUCUCAAAGCCAAGAAGUUGGGCCCUCCGUGUGGAGCGUUGCUUGAGAAUGUCGUGUUUCGUUGGACAGGAAAUUUCGGCUUCUUCUUGCGUCGCUAGCGGCCCACAAAGAAACCGGCCCCUCCGCCCGGAGGGGGCGGCUUCUUUAGGACCCGGAAGUCAUUUUUUUUUACCAAAAGCGCCGACUUUCGUUGUUUUCUGGGUACAAGGUAGCGGUCCGGCUAUCAAACAAACCGCCCCCUCCGCGCGGAGGGGCCUGUUUCUUUCUGGGCCGCCAGCGGCGGAAGAAGAAACCGAAAAUAAGAAAUCGACCCCUCCGCGCGGAGGGGUCGAUUUCUUAUUUUCGGAACGGCGCGCGCAGCGCGCCGAAGAAUUUUUUUUGUUGUUGCAUCCAGCACUGGCCUCGGAAACAAGUCGUGGGCCACGCCUCCGCGCGGAGGCGAGGAUUUCUUGUUUUCCCAGUGCGGAGCAAGAGCAACGACAACGACGGGCCAUUCGUUCCUGAGGAGGUGGGCGCCGCGGUUGCCUGGUUCCUUCCUUAUGGGGCAUAGCGCGCGCGCACUGGCGCCGUGGGGCUGCGCUCCUUAAGGCGCAUGUAGUGUGGUGCGUGCGUUGCUACGGGCCUUUUGUCCGAGGGUAGCGCCUGUCGUGCAGGCGCCGCUGCAUGGGAUUCCGCUCCUGAGCUCGGUGGCGACUCGCGAGGGGCUAAGGGUAUGAGCAUGCAUGGGACACCGGCGCCACGACAAAGUAAGCCAACCAACGGGUUGCGUCUUUGUUUGAGGCGCGCCACGUUUCGCCUUACCUUUUUUCGUUGUGUUGUUUCUGGAAAAUCAAAACUCAUGGUCAUGCGGCAACUUUUUGCGCCCGGCAGUGUAGGGGUCGACCUUCGUUGGAGUUAACUCUGCAUUAGUGGCGCCCGGCUUUCUUACAAGCUGCCGGCCGCCUUGUGCGAUGGAUUGGCGACGCACUCUCCCCUGCCCUCGCCAAGGCAGCCGCAGUUUCUCUGGCGCCGGGCAAUCUGCUUAAAUUAUUGAAGUAUCUGCUUCUACCACCUGAUACACAGUAGAUAGAAAAUACAUCUUCACCACAGGAUGGUCGUAAGUAGUUACGCGGCCGCUCAUGUACUGUGUAAGAACACUGUCUUCAUCAAAUGAAAUCAGCGCGCUGAGAAGGAGAUACAGCACAAGAGCCGCUUGUUGACCGCUACGCUGAAUCUUAUCAAGAAAAUUCGUGCGACGCCCACUAUUUUUCCUCGCCUUUCUGCAGCAAACCCUUAUAAUGACUGCGAUAAGAAGAGAGCUCAUCCUUGAAACAAAAACCAAAAGCACUAUGGACGAUGUAUCUACUACGUUUAUGGAUCAUGAAAUCGUACUCCACGACGAGCACCCGGAAUUUGUUUGAAGAGCAGUGCGCAAAAAUGUCGUUUUUCAUAUUGUGCGAGCGGACAAGCGAAACGAAAUUUGCAACCUCGGAGCGCAUGCGUGGAUCUAUGGCGUAUCGGGUCGAGCAGCUCCUCGGCGAAGUGAAGUUGUUGCGGGACCGCUUGAAAACUUUGCGCAUCACUGACUUAUGGAUUGCAAAUAUGUCGCCGUCUGGUUCUGGACGGAUGCGAACCUCUAACGCGGAUUCUGAAACAGACAAAAAGGAAAAUUUCUGUUGCAUUGUCAGCAACGGAGGUCGUGCGAUUUUUGUCUCCAGGAGAGGCCAUUUUUCCUCCGGACUAGGCCUGAAGAAGCCUCCACAGAAUUUCUCAUACUCUGCGUGCAUUCCGGACCACCUUCUUGCAGAUGCAGAAAGUUAGUGACAAGUGUCUGCGUUCUGCUCCCGACUUUUUAGAUGACAUAUUUGCAACAUUGGAUAUGCCUACGUGAAGGACAACGCGAAGUUGCGAACGGAACUCGCCCGCAGCUCUGCCGAGCGCGACCGGCUGCGCGCAACCACCCAAGCCCUCGUCCGGGAGGAAACCAAGUUGGCGAAGACCGCGAAAGCGCAGGCGCAGUGCGCGAAGGUCGAAGACAAGUAUCAAAGCCUCUUCGUAAAACACAACCGUCUGCAACUGGAGCAUGACGCACUACUGCAACAAAAGCACGAGCUGGAGGCAGACUUGGCCGCCGCGGAAGGCAACGUCGAGAAGCAACAAAGCAAGUUUCUCGAUCUGUUCCUCGAGAGGAAAGGGAGCAGCGGUGGCAAAAUGAGCAGCGAGAAUGUCGAACACAGUGGGAAUAAGCCUCAGAUGAUGAGUACUAGUACGACCAGUGAUAAGCAAGGUUCUUCCGACGAGCGUUUCGCGACAGAACUGCAGGCGUACAUCGCGUUGCAGCCGAGAGAGGUCCUGGAGAAACUGAUCUUGGAAAAACUCCAGCAAGAUUUCACACUGAUGAACGCCGGACGCAAAGAACACACAAAAACCACGUUCCAACGCUUCCUCCACGGGGCGGGAAACACGAAAGGCUUCUCCGACCAGGACCUGCAGCAUGUGCAGGAACCCGAUCAGAAGACCAACAAGCUGCUGCACCGGAAAAAGCAAGCCUUCCACAAUCUCUUGCACAGGGAUUUCUUCGCUCAUUCACACCUGGAAAAUCAUCCAGCAACGCCUGCGACACAUAAGAUGAUGACAACUUCCGACAACGACAACGACUACAUCCUUACCGGAAAAUGGAUUCGGUGAGAAAACAACAAUGUUUCUGCACACAUUUUUUCCGACUUUUGAACACAACUCUCAACUAUGUCGAAUCAAGAAAAUGCGAAAACAAAAUCUGGCACAGAAUGAGUGACUUUCCACAAAAU